AUGCACAUUUACCCACAAGUCCCACUUUCAGUAAGCCUUAAGAGAGCCACGUACAUCCAGAAGCCAAACUUGCACGCAGCCAGCCUUGUAGGAGGACGGAUACCAUUUCUUCAUCCUCUUUACCCUCAUCCUGCCCAACAAAAAGCAGAGGGUUUGGAUGAAGCAGAGCUGUCCUUCUGCCUAAAUCUGUCAGCGAGAGAGAUCUGUUGCCAUCUGUCAAGCCCUCCAAAGUGCUCGCUAAAAAGGUGGGUGACAGAUACAGCUGGUGAUAUUCAGCAGAAACCUGGGGUUGAGAGACCAACACAUGAUCAACUGGAUCCUGAGCCAUCCCAGCUGCUGGCAGCCACAGGCCCGAACUAG